GAGCAACUUCCCCGACGGACAGCGCCAAGCGCAUGCCCGUCAAGUCGUCCUCUGUGAGUUUUGCUGCUGUUUAACCCAUUAUUUCGGUUUAUUUUUCUCCCUUUAAUGGGUUAUUAGUUAAAUAGUGAACUCACGGGUAAACCAUGACCGCCAGAGGGACGCCGAGUCGCUUCCUGAAGAGUGUUCUUCAAAACGGCGUCGGUCGCUACGUCUGCCAGCUCAAACGGAUCUCCAUCAUCUUCUCCAAAAAGGCACAGAGCUCGCUGGGAGUGAGGGAUUUUAUUGAGGAAGGAGUCGUGGAUUAUGCCAAAAACAACCCGGGAACUGUCGUCUAUGUGUCUCCUCAGUCCUGCAGGGUCCCCAAAAUAGUUGCCGAAUACUUAAACGGCAAUGUGAGGGAAGAAAUCAUCACGAGCAAAACGGCUCCGCAGAUUUCAGAGCUUCUGACCAAACUGACGAAUCAGUCCGGCCUCGACGUCAUCCGCAUCCGCAAACCUUUCCACACAGACAGUCCCAGCAUCCAGGGCCAGUGGCAUCCGUUCACUAACCGGCCUCCAUCCAUCGGCCCCAUCAGGCCUCAGAAACCCGACACUGAAUAAAGACUGAGCAAAACAGAUGGAUGUUUCCAGAAAACAAUGCUUUCCUUCUAUUUCUGUAGAAGAUACGUCUUUUUCUUUCUGAAAUGUCUGCCAUCUAAUUAAAUCACAGGUCAGACAGUUAUGGUAUUUGCAGCUAUUUUCUUAUUAAUCUGUUGGAUAACCAUGCCGAGGACCCCUCUAUUGUGUGAAUGUUUUUGACCGUGCCCUUCUGUCUGCUGGCAGCAGCAAAGCCACUCGCAGAGAAAUGUUCACAGUACGAGCUCUGAAUGCCACAUUUGAAUAGACUAUAAAUGAAUCCACCAGAGGCUUGUCAGCUGGCAUACUAAAAAGCAGAUAACUGUUUUUAAUCUCAAGGUUAUUUGAAGAUUUGUGUAGUGAGUACUGCACUCUGCAGCAGACGGAACUUUGUACGAAAUAAAAAAUGUUUUUUUUUGUGCGCAAA